AUGCACUUAAAUUAUCCACCUCCUAAAACCCUCACGGCCACCCAGUUCACCUUUCCUGGCCAAAAUCUCCUCCCCGACUCUUCCGCCAGCGUGGAAGCUUCCGGCGCGACCCUCCUCACUAACAACACCGUCGAAUUUUGUAGUCGAAAGCCUCUAAGCGGGGCGCUUUGGCCUGACAAACUCCGCCAUGAAUGGAAACCGAAGUCGACACCUCCUCGCCGUAGAGCUCAACGUGAUCUGGAAUCUGGAUUUAGCGACCUGGACAACAACCACGUUGGCGUGGAUCUGAACUCAACAAAAUUGGCAGCGGCUGCCGCCAACGCCGGAUAUUGGGAAGGGGCGACAUGA